UCCCGGGCCAGGCCGUUUUGCCCCUGACGCUAAUCUUCCUUGAGAAAGGAAAGAGGACUUUUUCCUUUUCGGAAAAUACAGAAACUUGGAGGCAGCAGUAGUUAAGAUUCAGGCCAAACUGGUAAAUGACGAAGGGUCUUCUUCCAAAACCAAGGAGGAAGGGUUGUCCGGCAGAUAAUCACCAGAAUGGGAGUGAAUGACUUGUGGCAAGUUCUGGAGCCUGUUAAGCAACACAUCCACUUACAUCAUCUUAGUGGGAAAACCAUUGCAGUUGAUCUGAGUCUCUGGGUAUGUGAGGCACAGACAGUUAAAAAAAUGAUUGGAACCGUCAUGAAGCCCCACCUCAGGAACCUAUUUUUUCGUAUCUCAUAUUUAAUGCAAAUGAAUGUAAAACUGGUUUUUGUUAUGGAAGGGGAGCCACCAAAGCUGAAAGCAGAUGUCAUGAAAAAGAGGAAUGAGAUUCGGUAUGGGCCUUCUGGAAAAACAUCGUCUCAAAAAACAGGGAGAUCACAUUUUAAAUCACUGUUAAAAGAGUGCCUGGAGAUGCUAGAAUGUUUAGGAAUCCCCUGGGUUCAAGCUUCUGGGGAAGCUGAAGCCAUGUGUGCUCACCUCAAUGCUGGUGGUCACGUAGACGGCUGCCUCACCAAUGAUGGAGAUGUCUUCCUGUAUGGGGCUCAGACUGUUUACAAAAAUUUCACUAUGAAUACAAAGGAUCCACAUGUUGACUGUUACACAAUGUCCUCUGUCAAGAGUAAACUAGGUUUGGAUAGAGAUGCUCUGGUUGGACUAGCAAUACUUCUUGGCUGUGAUUAUCUCCCAAAGGGUGUCCCUGGAGUUGGAAAAGAGCAAGCAUUAAAACUUAUACAGAUUUUGAAAGGGCAAAGUUUACUUCAGAGGUUUAAUCAAUGGAAGGAAACAUCUUAUUACUCUAACCAACAACCACUAGUUGCUAAAAAACCAGCUCAUUGCUCUGUGUGUUCCCAUCCAGGUUCACCUAAGGACCACGAACGUAAUGGAUGCAGAUUAUGUAACAGUGAUAGAUACUGUGAACCACAUGAUUAUGAAUACUGCUGUCCUUGUGAGUGGCACCUUACAGAACAUGAAAGGCAACUAAAUGGAGUAGAGAACAAUAUUAAGAAAAAAGCUUGCAGUUAUGAGGGAUUCCCAUUCCAUGAGGUUAUUCAAGAAUUUCUUUUGAGCAAGGAUAAAUUAGUGAAGGUAAUCAGGUACCAAAGACCUGAUUUACUAUUGUUUCAGAGAUUUACUCUUGAAAAAAUGGAGUGGCCCAAUCACUAUGCCUGCGAGAAAUUGUUGGUGCUUUUGACCCAUUAUGACAUGACAGAAAGAAAGCUUGGUAGAAGGAGCUCUGAUCAACUACAGCCAAUUCGAAUUGUUAAGACCCGAAUCAGAAAUGGAGUACAUUGCUUUGAAAUAGAAUGGGAAAAGCCUGAACAUUAUGCUGUGGAAGAACCUGGAGAAUCGAUUCUAACAAUUGAAGAAGAAUCAUUAUUUGAAGCAGCCUAUCCCGAGAUUGUUGCUAUUUAUCAAAAACAAAAGUUAGAAAUUAAAGGGAAGAAACAAAAAAGUAAGAAAAUUAUGCCUAAAGAAAACAAUUUACCAGAAUCAGAUGAUGCAAUGAGCUUUCGGUCAUGCAUGACUUUAAAACCCACAUGUGAAAUCUUUCCUAAGCCAAAUUCCAAGUUAAAUAUGGAAAUUUUUUCUGAUCCUACAUUACCACAGGAAUCUAUUUCUGCCUCUUUGAAUAGCUUGCUUUUACCUGAAGAUGCUCCCUGUGAAGAACAGUUCAUGUCUUCUCCAAGACCUUUGAUUACACAGCAAAUUGCAGCUGUCAAAGAGUCUUUAGCUUCAGAACAUAAUCAACCCAGUACCUCAUCUCAUAAUACAUCUGUAAUUGAUGAUCUACAGUUGAGUACCAUUGACUGGGAAGGUACUUCUUUUAGUAAUUCCUCAGCUAUUCAGAGGAACACUUUCUCACAUGGUUUAAAAUCAAAACUUGAAUCAGAGCAAUCAGUCAUCCCUAAUGCCUUUGAAAAUAUCCCAGAACAAUUGUUAUGUGAAUCAGAAAGGUACACCACAAAUGUCAAUAAAGUCUUAAAUUGGGAUCUUCAUAAGAUUAGUCCUGAAGAGCAUCUACUUCCUGGCAUUGGUGAUUUAUGCCUUCAGGAUUUGCCUUUAAAGGAAAGAAUAUAUAUAAAAUCAUUAUAUCCACAGGAUAAUAUACAACCAGAUGUCAACCUGAAAACAGCCCUACUUAGGGGAAAAGAAUCUUGUAUUGGUAAGUGUAGUUCUAAUUGCCCAUCAUGUCUCUCAAAGGAUCUUCCAGGAAUUCAUUUGCAAAAUGAAUCCAGAAACCCUAAAGUUGUAAAAGGAGACCAACUGCUUCAAGGAAACUAUAAAGUCAAUACUUCUAUACCUUUUUCUUUUAAUAAUCCAGUAGUGAAGACCUCCAACAUUAAAGCUAACCCACCAAAUACUGCUGUAGAUACAAGAAAAAUCAACAUACAUAUUACUCAGAAAAUUGUGAUGAAGAAGAGUGUUUGCCUUGACAGACAUUCCUCUGAUGAAGAAAGUACCCCAGUUUUUGGGAAAGCUAAGCACACAGCUCAAAAAGUGAAGCACAGUUUUCAGAAGCAUAAUCUAGCCCAAGUCAAAAAAAUUGACUAUAACAAGUUGAGUAACCUUAAGGUACAUGUUGAAAAAACUAAACAGUGUUUCAGGUCUAAUAAAAGAGACGGAAAUGAAGAAAACUGUUCCCAAGAUCAAGCAAAAAGUUCUCUGAGUUUUCUACAUUGUCAUAAGAAAGAAGAUAACCCAAGUACUCAUAUGGAUACUUUUCUUCCUUUAAGCCAGAGAUUAAAACUAAGGUUCCAAAGCACUUGAAAUGAAACUGAAAAUACUUAAGUAGUAUGUAUAACUUAUUGUUCUAGUACUAUCAGCAUUAGCAGAGGUAGAGAGAAAAUAUCCAGUUAAUGUUCAAUAGAAAAUUUAAUGUAGUUCUAUAUGUCAUGAAACAUUUUUGCCCUUUUAAUCAAAAUUAUAAUUAAACAUGUUACCUAAAAGUUUAGGGGUUUUUUUGCCAUGAGAAGACUGUUUUAUUUAAUUUUUUUUGUUUUUUUUUUAAUUUUCUGAUUUUUUUAUUAUUAAAUCAUAGCUGUGUACAUUAAUGCAAUCAUGGGGCACCAUACACUUUUUUUUUUAAUUGAUAAAUCAUAGCUGUGUACAUUAGUGCAGUCAAGGGGUAUAAUGUGCUGGUUUCAUAUCAAUCUGAAAAAUUUUCAUCAAACUGUUCAAAGUAGCCUUCAUGGCAUUUUCUUAGUUAUUGUAUAUAGAUAUUUGUAUUCUGCCUUUAGUAAGUUUUGCCUGUACCCUUUCUAAGAUGCACCAUAGAUGUGGCCCCACCCAUUAACCUCCUUCCACCCUAACCUCCCCCUCCCUUCCCCUUCCUUGGCCCUUUCCACAUAGUCUUGUGCUAUAGUUGGGUUAUAGCCUUCAUGUGAAAGCUAUAAUUUAGCUUCAUAGUAGGGCUGAGUACAUUGGAUACAUUCUCUUCCAUUCCUGAGAUAGUUUGCUAAGAAGAAUAUGUUCCAGCUCCAUCCAUGUAAACAUGAAAGAGGUAAAGUCUCCAUCUUUCUUUAAGGCCGCAUAAUAUUCCAUGGUAUACAUGUACCACAAUUUGCUAGUCCAUUCGUGGGUCUAUGGGCACUUGGGCUUCUAACAUGA